AUGGAGAAGCAGCCGAGCGACAUCGUCAACACCGAUGGCUCGGCCCUCGAAAGCCAACAAUCCGAUGCCGUCAAGCAUACCAGCUCCAGCGGUGUUCUUGCUCGCCUAAACGAGCGAAUCGCCUCAAUCCGUUUCAUGGAAGCUCGUGGUAUCGAACGGGUUCCAGAAUCCGAGCGCCAUAGCACCACUGCUGCCGAUUACAUGCAGAUGGCCCUGCUGUGGUUCAGUACGAACAUCACCGCCAACAACAUCGCCGUCGGUAUGCUCGGUCCGCUGGACUACGGACUCAGUUUUACCGAUUCUGCACUUUGCGCCACUUUCGGGGCAUUUUUGGGUGCUGCUGGCGCUGCUUACAUGGGCACCUGGGGACCAGUCAGUGGUAAUCGUACUAUGGUCGUUGCGCGUUACUUUAUGGGCUAUUACCCCAGCAAGAUCUGCGCCCUGCUGAAUAUCGUCAUCAUGCUGGGUUAUGGAAUGAUUGACUGCCUCGUCGGAGGGCAGGUUUUGUCUGCUGUCGCCGGUGGUAACAUGACUGUCGUCGUCGGUACAAUCAUCGUUGCAAUCGUCACGUGGAUCGUGGUUAUCUUCGGCAUGUCUGUGUUUCACAAGUACGAGAGAUGGGCAUGGGUCCCGCAGUUGAUUGCUCUAUUUGUCCUGGUCGGUUCCGCCGGUCCCAAGUUCGACACCAAUAUUCAGUCUGUCGGCACAUCACGCGACAUCGCUGGCAACCGUCUAUCAUUUUUCUCACUUUGCCUGUCGUCUUCCGUUGCUUGGGCACCCGCCGGCGCCGACUAUUACGUAUACUAUCCCCCAACUACCAAGAAAUGGAUUACUUUUACCAUGAGUUUCUUCGGUAUCGGGCUUGCAUUGACGUUUGCCAAUCUUCUUGGUGUUGGCCUCGGAUCCGGAACUCACAGUAAUACUGACUGGGCGGAUGCUAUUGACGUAUCGUCUGGCGCUUUGAUUAUGCAAGGCUAUAACGGUCUGGGCGGAUUUGGAAAAUUCCUCGGUGUAUUGAUUGCCCUGGGUCUUGUCGCAAAUAACAUUCCCGGAACUUACUCGGCUACCCUUGGUUUUCAAACGCUCGGUCGCUAUGGAGUUGCAUUUCCUCGUUGGUUCUGGACUUGCGUCGGUGUGGUCAUUUACACUGCAUGUGCCCUUGGUGGUAGGGAACAUUUGUUCGAUAUAUUUGAGAACUUCCUCGCUCUCAUGGGUUACUGGGUCACGAUUUUCUUGACUAUUGUCCUGGAAGAACACAUGAUCUUUCGCUGGGGCAAGAUCGCACCGGCCUUUGACUGGUCGAUCUGGGCAGACCGAAGCAAGCUGCCUCUGGGGUUAGCUGCAUUUACAGCAUUCGUGAUUGGAUGGGUUGGAAGUAUCAUGUGCAUGGACCAGAUCUACUAUGUCGGCCCCAUCGCCAAGUUGGUCAGCACUGAGGGUGCCGAUUUGGGUAUUUGGGUUGGGUGCGCCUGGGCCAUGAUUGUCUUUCCUCCGUUGCGAUUGUUGGAGUUGAAGAAGUUCGGCCGAUAGACUCAUUCAAUGGGGUCUUGCUUGUCAAAGAUAGGCAUUGCUGGUGUUAUCUGACGCGGUGAUUGUUACUGUGAUUCAUCCAAGCAUUUAUAUAGAGCGUAGAAUACCUCCUGAUCAUCACACUCGCAGAUGACGAGGUCUGGCCAUCCCAUCACACAAGAUUUAUGUGGAGAACCCGACAUAUUUAGUUCUGCUUAACUUUUUUUGCAGUCCGCAGCCGUCAACCUUUCAAACUUCAAGUUAAAUGUAGUUAUUUGCAGUAAAUUGUCUACGCAAUUUUCCAGGUCCACAUGUUCAUCCCCAUUUUAUUACCCGUGGUCACCGGCAUACCUGCAUGGAGAGUCAUCUUAUGCCCUGCGUCGUCUUCCUGAAGAUUUUCCCAAUAUAUGGCAUUUCCGAGAAUCGGUUUGAAUGUAAUUCCCUCGUCGAACGGCCGGUCACAGUCGAUGAAUUCGCACCAGCUGUCAUCGUCUGGUGGAGUAAGUCGCGCAAAGUUUGUACCUCCGCCCGUACAAUUUGCAUGUAUAUAAACGAAGAAUGUAGAAGCGAUAUUCCCUCCAACCGCCUGUGCAUCAUCAAACCAGUCAUAGUGGUCACGAUACUGACCGGAGAUGCCGUAGUUCUGUACCACGAUAGGCAUGAAGUCGCCGACAAGUUUGUAAAAAGGAAAGGAAAUUGCGCGCUCUUCAAUUUUUUUGAUGAUUUCGUCGCUUCGAUCUAGUUUCGCAGUCAUUGAAAGUCGGUACGCUUUAUCGAUAUGCGAUUUUCCGUCGUUAUCCCAUAUCGACGACGGAGUGAAUCGGCCAUUCCUAUGUCAAAGUCGACAGUCAGAUGUGCUUAUCGAAUCCCCGAGUCAACUUACGCCAAUUGCACCAGGUGAGCUGCUUCCUGUGUGCUGAUAAAGUCCUUCACGUAGACUACAAGUGGGUCAUCGGAAAGAGUGUAGAUCUGCGGAUGCGAUAUUUGAAAACCAUUGUCUUUACUCGCACGCAGCCAUUCGAAUGGUGAUACACCCAGUGAACUGAAAGCACACGAAAUGGCAACAGCAGCGACAAGCAGGCUGAGCGAGCGAAAGAGGAGACUGCCCAUUGCCAUUGCCUUAUAAUCAGACAAACGUAAGCAGAAAGCAGAUAGGAAUGGAAAAUGCCAUUCGAAGGCAGUCAGCCAUAUUCCUUCAUCGCCAC